CUGCUCGCAAACAUAGCGGUUGUCAGUCGUAUUAGCAAAUAGACAAUAAUCUUCAUUUUGCCUUGAAUCAACCUGCACCAUCUCUCACACAGAACGAACAGUUAUAACAAUGAGGGAAAUUUUGCACAUCCAGGCUGGACAAUGCGGGAACCAGAUCGGAGCCAAGUUUUGGGAAGUGAUCAGUGAUGAACAUGGAAUUGAUCCUUCUGGAAGUGCUUGUGGAGAUAGUGACAUACACUUGGAAAGGAUCAAUGUCUACUACAAUGAAGCAACUGGUGACAAAUACGUUCCCCGUGCAAUUCUAGUGGAUUUGGAACCUGGUACCAUGGAUUCCGUCAGAUCUGGGCCAUAUGGACGGAUAUUUAGACCAGAUAACUUUAUAUUUGGUCAAAGUGGUGCUGGAAAUAACUGGGCCAAGGGUCAUUACACAGAGGGAGCUGAACUGGUAGAUGCAGUACUUGAUGCUGUAAGGAAGGAGUCUGAGAAUUGUGACUGUUUACAGGGAUUCCAACUCACUCACUCUCUGGGUGGUGGCACUGGCUCCGGAAUGGGAACCCUCCUCAUCAGCAAGAUCCGUGAGGAAUAUCCCGACCGUAUCAUGAACACCUUCAGUGUCAUGCCCUCCCCUAAAGUUUCCGACACGGUAGUGGAACCCUAUAAUGCUACCCUGUCUGUGCACCAGCUGGUGGAGAAUACAGAUGAGACAUACUGCAUUGACAACGAAGCCCUUUACGACAUCUGCUUUCGUACUAUGAAGUUGGCCACUCCCACCUAUGGAGAUCUCAAUCACUUGGUCUCUGCUACCAUGAGCGGGGUCACCACCUGCCUUCGCUUCCCCGGACAACUUAAUGCCGAUCUUCGCAAGCUGGCCGUUAACAUGGUCCCCUUCCCUCGGUUACACUUCUUUAUGCCAGGAUUUGCGCCACUUACCAGCCGUGGCAGCCAGAAUUACAGAGCACUCACCGUGCCAGAGCUAACUCAGCAAAUGUUUGAUGCUAAAAACAUGAUGGCGGCCUGCGACCCAAGGCAUGGGCGCUACUUGACUGUUGCUGCCAUAUUCCGAGGCCGAAUGUCCAUGAAGGAGGUGGACGAGCAGAUGCUCAACAUCCAGAACAAGAACAGCAGCUGCUUUGUGGAGUGGAUUCCCAACAAUGUUAAAACAGCCGUUUGUGACGUCCCGCCAAGAAACCUCAAGAUGUCCUCCACCUUCAUUGGUAACAGCACUGCCAUCCAGGAGUUGUUCAAGCGCAUUUCAGAUCAGUUCACCGCCAUGUUCCGCAGGAAGGCUUUCUUGCACUGGUACACUGGAGAGGGAAUGGAUGAAAUGGAGUUCACGGAGGCAGAGAGCAACAUGAAUGACCUGGUAUCUGAGUACCAACAGUACCAGGAUGCCACUGCAGAUGAACAGGAAGAGUUUGAAGAGGAGGAGGUGGAAAAUGACGAAGCAUAAAUUCAAAGGAAUCUUUAAGAGGCUGCAACAGCAAUUUGCGGAACAAUUCAUAUUUCUGAAUCUGUGUUGAAUUCGGCGUAAUUUGCCAACCUUUUAAUCAAGAUGCUGUGAUACUGAGAGUACUGUAAAAAUGGGAUCUUUUUUGAAGAUUGUAUGUGUGUUUGUUUGUCUGCGUGUAGUUCUAAUCAGCACUGCCCCAUUAUGGUAAAUUAUUAAAUCAAAACUUUAGAGAAAA